AUGGGUGCCUCCCAGUCGUCGCACAAGGCGGGUGCGGCCGGAGGCACCGCCAGCGACGCGGCUGGAGAACCUGCCUUCGUCGACUACUACGACCUUCUCAAGGUCGAACAGACUGCCACAUCCGACGAAAUUCGCAAAGCGUACCGCAAGCUCGCCCUCAAGCACCACCCAGACAAGAACCCAGACAACGUAGAACAGGCGAAUAAGAUCUUCCACAAGCUGCAAGAGGCGUACGAGAUUCUCUCGGACGACACAGAGCGGGCAUGGUACGAUCAGAAUCGAGAGCGCCUGCUCAACGGCGAGGGACCUGAUCUGGACGAUGAGGAGGUGUUCGAAGCGUUCCGCUCUGGGGCUGCAGAGGCACCGCAGCCGACAAGCUCCUCGCGAGGGUUGACGGCAAAGGCGCUGCUCCGAUUCUUCGAUCCCAGCUUGGCCAAGGACCUCAGCGACGGCGACAACGGCUUCUACGCUACCUACCGACGGCUGUUCGAACGUCUUGCGCAAGAAGAGCGCAUUGCGGCACCAUACCCUGGAGAAGAGAAGGAGAGCACAAUACCAUCAUCCGACUCGUUCCCGUCGUUUGGCUACAGUCACACGCCUUAUUCCAACGCCAAAGGCCAGGAAGCAGCCGUUCACCAGACACCCGCCAAGGACUUCUACAGCGUCUUUAUGAACUUUCAAUCGCGCAAGAGCUUCGGCUGGUUCGACAAGUAUGAUCUUCGCGAUGCACCGGAUCGACGGGUGAAGCGUCUGAUGGAGAAGGAGAACAAGCGUGCACGAGAUGCAGCGAGGCGAGAGUUCAAUGACGCUGUCCGCCAGCUUGCCGCCUUCGUCCGCAAGCGAGAUCCAAGGUACAAGAAGUUCCAGAGCGAACUCAAUGCGACGGGACCGGGAUCGACGGCUGAGCUGGCAAGGAGAAAGGCAGAAGCCGAGAAGAUCAGGCUCGAGCGAGAAGCACGUGCACAGUCGUACCAGGCCCAGAGCUGGCAGCAGCCCGACUAUCGAUUCUCUGACGAGGAAGACGAAGAAGAGGACGAGGAUGAAGAGACAGAGCAGGGCAGUGACGACGAAGACGACGACGCUGAGCUGGCAGGCUCGAGUGAGGCCCUCGAUCCGCUCGACGACCCCUCUAUUUCUGGCUGGGACUGCGUCGCAUGCGACAAGUACUUCCAGUCCGAAGCCGCCUUCCGCAACCACGAACGCAGCGCAAAGCACAAGAAAGCCGUCCAAAAGCUCCAACGAGAGAUGCAGGACGAAGAGGACGAGCUCGGUCUCGGGCUCGACGCCGAAGACAUCGCCAUCGAUGCGUCAUUGGCGGAUAUGAACCUGGAUGGUGGCAAGACGCAAAAGGCAACCAAUGGCAACGUCUCGGCCGGCUUUUCGAUACCCAGCUUUGCCGCCGAGGAAUCUGGAGGCAAGAGCAAGAAGCAGAAGAAGCAAGCUAAGAAACGCAGACAGAUGGAAGAGGUGGCUGGACGUACUCUAGACGAGGAUGGAUUCGUGGUGCAGGACUUGAACCGUAGACAGGCCAAGCCGAAGGCGAAGACCGAGACGGUCCAAAGUGCCGAGACCUCGAAGAGCGUAGACGAAGAUGGACCGACUCCAUCUGUCCACGUGAUUGACGACGAAGGCGCGUCCGGCAGCGACGCCGGAACCGAUGUCUGCGACGAAGUAGGAGCUGGAGACGAGGAGAGCGCGCCACCGAAGCCGUCUGCCCCGUCUGCGACAGACGAUGCCACCACAAAGACGAACCGCGGUGCGCAUGUACCGAAGAAGGCGACCUCUGCCGACGCCAACGACGACCCGUGGGCAGGUCUGGAAGACCCUUACAUCCCAGCCUUAGCAUUCUCCUCUACGAUCCCGCCACCUCUUCCGCCACUCUCACGUCCACCCGGGUCAUUCGACAUCUUUGGCUACGGCAGUCUGAUCUUCAAGCCUCCACCCUACGUCAUAGCUGCGACCCCUUGCUACAUCAAAGGCUUCGUCCGACGCUUCGCGCAGCACUCUGUCGAUCAUCGUGGCACGCGCGAUCGUCCCGGACGCGUCGUGACGCUCGUCAAAGCGUCCGACUGGCACCCUUUGCGUCGAUCCGCCAAGGUCGACGAGCCCAAGUCACCCGAAGGCGACAUUGUGUGGGGCGUAUCCUUCACCAUCGACCCGUCGCACGCCGCUGUCGUACGAAAAUACCUCGACUAUCGCGAGAAGAACGGGUACAGUCCGAUGCAUGUCCCUCUCUACACCUCUGACGAAGGGGAGGAGAAGGUGGUGUUGAAGAACGCGCUGGUGUAUGUGGGGUUGCCGUCGAAUCCGGCGUUUGUGGGGCCGCAGUCGUUGGAUGCGCUGGCGCAACGCAUUUAUACGUGCGAAGGACCGUCCGGGCCGAAUCCGGAGUAUCUGCUGAAUCUGGCAAAGGCCGUGCGCGAGCUGGCACCCCAGUCGGUCGAUCAUCAUUUGUUCAGUCUGGAGAAACGACUGCUGCUGUUGCAGGAACAGAAGGUGGAUCCAGCCCUGCUCAUUGCGCAAGAAGCAAAGCAGGACGCAGGGAAGACGGACGCGAAGAAGGCGAUACAGGACGACUUUGAUGACGAGGAAGAUGGGAGGGGAGGGAAGAAGGGCGGAAAGGGCAAGCCGACGGGUAAGAGCAAGGAGUGGUGCAACAUCGACGGUCCUGGCCUGGUCAACCCGCUCUUCCAAACCACCUUUUCCCGCUCCUCCAACAGUCCCAUCCCAGCCACGACCUUCCGAAGCAUCCUCAACCAGCUCUACUAUACCACCCCCGGCGCCGGAUGCAACACCAUCACGCUCUUCUACAACUACCCCAAUGCCAACCCGGGGUAUGUCAGUGGCAACGUGCAGGUUUUCACCCCGCUCGUCAGCGCCAGUACCAACUACGAUGUGGGGUAUGAGUACACUGCUGCUACUCAAUGGGUCUCGCCGUCGUCGCUGGCCGAUUGCAGCACUUUUGCUUGA